AUGGCAAGUAAAUUUUGGAAAAUGGCGCACCGACCACAGAGUAAAGGGGUUAUGUGCGUCGCGUGUAAGGUUAUUGUCGACGGCCUUCAAAUAAUGCUGAAACAAAAUAAAACUGACGAGGAGUUGGAGAACUUUGUCAUGUAUGCCGACGAAGCAUUCUUUGUUCUGGAAAGAGUGAUUGUUACACCACAUGAGAUUUGUGGUGCUAUUAUCGAUGACUGCGGAGUUGCAGUGAAUCCUUUGAAUGUUUUGUGGAAUAUUACUAUUCCGGGCAAUAAACCAGCUGUAAAAGCAUGGCCAUCUCCAGAAGGUAAACCAAAAAUGAAAAUCUUACAUCUAUCAGAUAUUCAUGUCGAUCGACAUUACGUUGUUGGCAGUGAAGCCGACUGCGAAAAAGACCAUCCAUUUUAUGAAUUCUGCUGUUUAGAGUAUCCUAAUGACAAACCAACAAAAAUCAAUGUUCCGGCCGGCAAAUGGGGAAUGCCUUACAAGUGUGAUAUACCAUACAUUACUUUUGAGGCUUUGAUAAAGCAGAUUGCUGAAAAAGAGAAGGUGGAUUACAUUUACAUCACUGGUGAUAUGGAAGCUCACAACAUUUGGGAUUACUCUAAAGAAGACACAAUUGCAAAUUUGAACAAUAUUUCGUCAGUUAUUCGCCAUUACUUCUCAGGCACACCGAUUCUCGAAUCUGUCGGUAACCAUGAAGGCGUUCCCAUGGAUGCAAUGGCUUAUCACGGAAUGGAAGAAUACGAUAAGAGAAAUCCGCAGUGGUUAUACGACACUCUAGCUAAUAACUGGAAACCGGCGCUAACAGAAACUGCUCUCGAGACAGUGAAAUACCGUGCCAGCUUUUCAGUCAAACUGAAGGACAAACUGAAGUUAAUUUCCAUUAACACUGUUUACUGCUCAGUCAUGAAUUUGUACAACUAUAUUAACCAGGUAGAUCCAGAUGGUACAUUAAAUUGGCUUAUCAAGGAAUUGAUGGCAUCAGAACAGCUGAAAGAAAAAGUACAUAUCAUCAGCCAUAUUCCACCAGGGGACAACUACUGUCUUAAAGGAUGGUCGCAUAACUUUUACAGAAUAGUUAACAGGUUUGAGGGAACCAUAGCAGCAAUGUUCUUUGGUCAUACGCAUAAUGAUCACUUCCAGGUGUAUUAUGAUAAGAUGGACGUCAAAGGCAGGCCAACCCAUGUCAAUUAUAUCGCUCCAUCGUUAACAACUUACUCCUACAACAAUCCAGCUUAUCGUAUCUAUACCGUCGACGGCGACUAUACUGGCAGCAGCUAUGUAAUAUCUUGGCCCUCAUUUCAAAACUGUAAAGAUUAUUCUAUGGCCGACUUGUCACCAUCUUCGUGGAACAAUUUAUUGAAGAGAAUGGAAACUGAUAAUGAUUUAUUCCAAAAAUAUCUCUGGUAA